AUGGCAGUGGCGGCGAAGGACGUUCAUUUUUUCAGAUUCCUUGUGAAUAAGCAAGUCUUUUACAAAUCGCAAUUCACGUAUGCGCUAGUCAAUCUCAAGCCUUUGGUGCCCGGACAUGUGCUCGUUGUGCCACUUCGCACUUCGGUGCUAAGAUUCGGCGAUCUUACCCCAGACGAAUCCGUGGAUUACAUGUAUACCUUACAAUUGAUACAAAAGUUCAUAACUACUUACUAUAGAGCAGAUGCAUUGAAUAUAGCCAUCCAGGACGGACCAGAGUCGGGACAGCUGGUUCCUCACUUGCAUACACACAUCAUCCCCCGCUAUAAAAAUGACGGAUUCGGCGACUCCAUCCAUCUGAAGCUAGAAAGCAAAGAUCUUGAGAAAGAAUAUCAAGAGUUUGAGCUGAGGAAAAACGAGUUUCGCAAGAAAUUGCAAGAGACCCACAGUGAGUUGGACCAGGACCAUGACAGUAGAAAGCCCCGAUCCGAUGAAGAAAUGGCUGACGAGGCUGAUCGAUUGAAAUCGGCACUAGAUUCGUUCACCGGCGCUACCAUGUGA